CCGCUUCCGGAAGCUCCGCUCAAAAUGCUCAAGUGCUGCGGGCUGGUCGCUGGUGCGCUGCCGCUUGGGGUCUGUUCUCGGGCCUGAGCCUCGAGCCCAGGCUCCUGGGUGUCGUUAAUGUUCGGGGCCGCCGGGCGCCAACCGAUCGGAGCUCCAGCCGCCGGGAACAGCUGGCAUUUCAGUCGAACCAUGGAAGAACUGGUCCAUGAUCUUGUCUCUGCAUUGGAGGAGAGCUCAGAGCAAGCUCGAGGUGGAUUUGCUGAAACAGGAGACCAUUCUCGAAGUUUAUCUUGUCCUCUGAAACGCCAGGCGAGGAAAAGGAGAGGGCGAAAACGGAGAUCCUUUAAUGUUCAUCACCCAUGGGAGACUGGGCACUGCUUAAGUGAAGGCUCUGAUUCUAGUUUAGAAGAACCAAGCAAAGAAUAUAGAGAGAAUCAUAAUAAUAACAAAAAAGAUCAUAGUGACUCUGAUGACCAGAUGUUAGUGGCAAAACGCAGGCCAUCAUCAAACUUAAAUAAUAACGUUCGAGGGAAAAGACCUCUGUGGUAUGAGUCUGAUUUUGCUGUGGACAACCUGGGGAAUAGGACACUGCGGAGGAGGAGAAAGGUCAAACGAAUGGCAGUAGACAUCCCCCAGGACGUCGCUACUAAGCGGACCAUGACCCAGCCCCUUGAAGGCUGUAGAGACCAGGACAUGGACAGUGAUAGAGCUUGCCAAUACCAAGAGUUUACCAAAAACAAAGUCAAAAAAAGGAAAUUGAAAAUAAUUAGACAAGGACCAAAAAUCCAAGAUGAAGGCAUAGUUUUGGAAAGUGAAGAAAUUAGCCAGACCAAUAAGGACAAAAUGGAAUACGAAGAGCAAAAAGUCUCAGAUGAACUCAUGAGUGAAAGUGAUUCCAGCAGUCUCAGCAGCACUGAUGCUGGUUUGUUUACCAAUGAUGAGGGAAGACAAGGUGAUGAUGAGCAGAGUGACUGGUUCUAUGAAAAGGAGUCAGGUGGAGCUUGUGGCAUCACAGGAGUCAUACCCUGGUGGGAGAAGGAAGAUCCUACUGACCUAGACAAAAAUUUGCCGGAUCCUGGCUUUGAAAGUAUCCUAACUGAUUCUUUCCCUCUUAUGUCACAUUCGGGCAGAAGAGGUUUCCAAGCCAGACUCAGUCGCCUUCAUGGAAUGCCUUCCAAGAAUAUUAAAAAAUCGGGAGGGACCCCCACUUCAAUGGUGACCACAUCAGGCCCCGUAAAUAACAAGAGGAUGGUUCACUUUUCUCCAGAUUCUCAUCACCAUGACCAUUGGUUUAGCCCUGGGGCUAGGACAGAGCAUGGCCAGCUUCUGCGAGAUAACCGAGCUGAAAGAGGACACAAGAAAAACUGUUCCGUGAAAACAGCCAGCAGGCAAACAAGCAUGCAUUUAGGAUCCUUAUGCACGGGAGAUAUCAAAAGGAGAAGAAAAGCUGCUCCAGUGCCUGGACCUACCACAGCAGGAUUUGUAGGAGAAAAUGCCCAGCCAAUUCUAGAAAACAACAUUGGAAAUAGAAUGCUCCAGAACAUGGGCUGGACGCCAGGAUCAGGCCUUGGACGAGAUGGCAAGGGCAUCGCGGAGCCCAUCCAAGCCUUGCAGAGGCCAAAGGGCUUAGGACUUGGGUUUCCUCUACCAAAAAGCAGUCCAGCGACCACUACCCCCAAUUCAGGAAAAUCCGCCUGAGAAGGAAAGCAAAGAGGCAGUGCCGUAUUGUACAGUUGUUACUGGCUACACAGGCCCCAUUGUUCUGAAACUACAAGAGAGCUUCUGUUUGUGAAGCAGUCAUGGAGCGGCCUCCAGCUUGUGCCCUGGCUUCCCAACUGCAUCUGGCCCUGUCACAGAGAAGGAAAUGGGAUUUCAUCAUACUUCAUGGUGCUAAAGUGAAAACCUUUUCAAAAAUUUCAGCUACUUUUAGGUGUAAAGAAUAGCUUGUUGCCCUUAUUUAUUUUGAUCUCCUGUGUCAGUCAUUUCUCACUGUGUAGCUCAAUCCAGUCACCUGUGUGUGGUGUUGGGUGGCUGGGGGCACACAUAGCCACAGGGUCUUACAAUGGGAGAGGCCAGGAAGGAUGUUGCCCAUUGUCCCCACCUGUUGUAACCCAAGAGUCCUACCAUCACAUCCAUGGAGUCUAAGCAAAUCUUGGUUUGGUAGGUCUUAUUCCUGAGUUUGGUUUUUUGUGAAGCUUCUCUAAUGGGUGAUUACCCAUUAAUCUUCUAUCCGUGGACAAUGUAGUAUGAAGUUCACAGCUGACAAACAGCAAUUAAUGUUUCCCUCUGACAUUGUAACAAAAAUAAACCUCAUCCUUGUUCUCACCAGAGUGCCCUCCAUGUUACUUUAAUGCAGAUUUUACAAAUUUUACCUCAUUUAGAGCAUAAAAUAAUUAUUGAGAGAAAGAUGUAUUUUUUAAAUUCACCAUGACUGAAGUGUAAAUUCUAUUAAUCUAGACUCAUUUCUACCUCUCACUUCCCAAAGGUUGAUAUUUUUUUAAAAUCAACUCAACUAUAGUAAACUGAUUUUAAAUUUUAACUAUUGGAGUACAUUAUGAGAAUAUCGAAUCCAUUUAUUUGAAGAGUUAAAUGGCUCUCCUAAGAAUUCAGACUCCUGGCAUGAUCCAGCCCAUUCCCAAGGUGAACAAGAAAAUGAAUGGUAGAGAUCUGCCUUUCCAGCAUCUGAGCAGUUGCUGUAAAACAAGUCAUUUUUGUCAUGUGCCUGCUAUUGUUAUUUCUGAAUCAUCUGCUUCCUGAUGGCAGAGGUUCUAAAUUGCUCAUAGUUUAGAGGAUGUUGACUAGCUAUCACCUUCACUCGUAAGAACUAAUAAUAAUACUCUACUUAUUGUGGCCUUUAUUAAGGUUGACUAAAGACAAAACACAUGAAUCACUUUUCUAAUAGUUUUGUCCUUUAAGGUUUUAUUUAUUCUAGAGCAGUUUUUGUUUCACAGCAAAAUUAAAAGGAAGGUAAGAACAUUUCCCCAUAUGUCCCCUGCCACACCUACACAGCCUUCCCCAUCAUCAACCUCCCCUUACAGAGGGGCAUUGCCUUUAUUAUGAUUGACAGGUUGUUCUGAUUUGUUACAAUCGUGGGCCCAGUGUCCACAGUUCUUAGUGUGGUACAUCCCGUAGGCUUGGACAAAUGUGAAAUGGCGUGUAGCCACCUUACAGCAGCAUUUAGAAUAGCUUUUACUGCCUGAAAAUUCCUCUGUGCUCUACCCUAUAGGCUUUUAAAAUUUUCUAAGCCCUACUUUUUAGAAAGGGGAGUAGAGGAAGCUUGUGGGUAUUACAGGCCUUUCCCAAGUGGUCCCCUGGUGAGCCUACAGUCAACUAGGCAGAGGAAGGACUGCCCUCUACUUGAAGGACUGGAAGUUCUCCCAAAAGCACACAUUUCUUUCAAGAACUAUCUUCUUUCCCAGGGGUUCGUGGUACAGGUUGGCUAAGAGAAUAGAAACUACUGGAUAAGUUGCCCUGUUGACACAUUCUUACUUACUGGUUGAAGCAACACUGUUUUAUGAUUAUUUUUUGACAAGUUGGUUACUUAGAAAUUUACCAUUUUUUAAACAAUGUUUUCUGUUAAAUGCUCAUCACAGGGGAAUAUCUGGUGGGGUGGGGAGGGGAAGUUGUCUCUAUGCCCAUUUAAAAUUUCUUCUUGGAGGUUCUCCCUGGUGGCAUAGGGGUUAAGUCUCAGCGCUAUCACUUCUACGGCCUGAGUUUGAUCCCUGGCCAGGGAGCUAAUAAGGUGCAGCAUAUCUCUGCUAUUUUUGCCUGCUGCUCCCCUCAGGUCUGAAUUCAGUAAAUCCACCUGUUCUGCUCCCCACUCUGUCUCUGGUGUGUCACUCCCACACUUCUGGCCUAUACCCCAGUUCUGCUACACAAAAAUUAAAUAAAUAAAAUUUCUUCAGGGUAGUACAUAGUGCUCUAUUCAAAAGAUUGUUUUUCAAAAAAUCUUCUAAAAUAUGAGAAUUUUGAGAACCCAAAUUUGGAGCCGCUGGUAACAUGGUAAAGUCAUUGUGAGACUGGUCCCCAACCACUGGGGACUGUCUGUUCUUUUCCACUUCACCUUGAGCUGAACCUGGGUGUGAUCAAGAGUGAAAGAUUUACUGGGGGCAUGGGAACUUGUUAGUUAAGUUCUGCUGGCUUUAUGAGUAUUUCUGUUGCCUCUCUGGACAGGACUGAUCUCUGAAGCACCCCUCUGAGAUGCUUAGCUUUAGUCUUGCUAAUACCCUUCCCCCACACACAAACAUUCAUCUUUAAAUUUUUAGCUAAUAUAAGAAAGGUCUUCAUCUUGACAACCUGAGCCCUCUAUGGGACCCACAGAGGAUUCAAUACUUAUUUUUACUCUAUGGACAUGUUUAACAAGAUGAACUAUAUAGAUCAAUACUCCAAGUAGAGAAAUGGCAAUACCCAAGCUCUCUCCACCCCUUCCAUAAACACACACCCUAAGGAAAUCCCUCCCUUCAUCUUUCAGUCCUUAAGAAAAAUCACUACAGCCCUGAUGUUCUGUUUGUACCUGAACUUACUAGAGAAAUUAACACAAUUAAAAUAGGAAUUUUUGUUGUAAAUCAAAUACCUUAUAAGAUAAGCAGUCCACUAUUUUAGUUAUGUAGUUGUGGUUCAUACUACUAUCAAUAUACUGUAAAACCCAAAGCAUCCAAAGGAACUCAUGAAUUAGAAUGUAUGUUGUCUAUCUCCUUAAAAAGACAGUAAGAGUUUGCUCCUUCAAAAUUUGCUUUUCUUACUGUAGGCAAAGCUUCAUAUGAAACAAAUUGGUUGUGCUAAAAUUUUAGAGGCUGCAUAGGUCUCUUCCCUGACUAGUCAAAAAAAGUAUCCAUUCUGCAGCAAUAGCCAAGAGAUGCUAAGCAUUAGUAAUUCAAGGUUUUUUUCUUUAUUGGCUUUAUAUACUUGAUACUGACCAGGUUAUGUACUGGUGUCCCCUCCCUGCUCCCCAAAUACAGUUUCUGAGACUACAUUCCCUUCAUAUUUGUUUGCUUUUAUUUUUAAUUAUAUGAUACCCAUUACUAACUAAAAUGUUCAAUUGAGUGGUGUCAGAAUUUGAAUAUGUAGCACUUGCAACUCAUACUGUGCUUCCAAGACAGAAGAGCAGGUGAAAGACAUGCAGGAGGUCCACAUGUGUGUGUGUUUACUGGGCACAUGUGUGUGUAAUAUACUGGACAUGAUUGCAAAAUCUUGCAUUUUAAUAAUAUCUUUAUUCUAAACUUGUGAAUUGAUAAUGUAAUUAAUUCAACUGACAAUUGCUUCUCUUCAAUCCAUUUUCUUUUUGAGCAGGUCUUUCAUGAAAAAGAAAAAUCACUGUUGACAUGCUUUAAAAAACCAAUUCCUCCUGUAUUUUGUCUUUCUAAAAAAAAAAAAGUAAUUUGAAUUGGUAUUGUGAAAUGAAGUUGUUUAGCAAAGAAUAUUUUGGGCUUUUUCCUUAGUUUUUUUUUACCCCUUUGGGUAGAAAGUUAUAUUAAUAGUACAACAAAGAAAGAAAGACUAAAGCAAUGUUUAAGAAUGUUAUUUAUAAGCUGUCUCUUUGUACUUUAAAUGUUUCCCUCUUAAAGUAAUAAAUGUGAGAGUGUCUUAACUUUUUGUAAGUUACUAUUGUUGACAAUUAACAUUUAGCAGUGCAGUCAAAUUCAUUGUUAAUCUGUAAGCCCUGAAAAAUUUCAAUAUUUUCAAAAAAAACUUUCGAGAAUAAAUUGAUAAACAUUUGACUCACAAUGGUACUAACAAACAGGUGAUUGUGACCUAUUCUGCCAUAUUUUCUCUGAAGUUGGUCUGGACUGACUGGCUUAAGGUUUCUUUCUCUCAAAGAUUCUAUGAUUGCUAAGCAGCAAGUGUAAGUUCUCUGUGGCCAUUUGAAAUAUCUAUUAGAAUCGUGUUAUAGUCAUUCCAUUUCCUUCUGGAAAGUUGAAUCUCAUUAGCAUGCUUGAUAUUUUAAAUAUUGUAUAAUACUCAUUAAAAUGUUAA